GUGUCCUGGAGGAGUGGGGCUGUUGGGGGUGUGCGUGGGGGGUGAGGACAGCUCCUAGCCGUGAGCCCGGGGAGUGACUUCGCGGAGGGCGGGCUCCGGGCUCCUUUCCAGGCGUCUCGCUGAGCAUCCUCGGCCCCAGCAGCCGUUGCGGGUUGGCGGCCCGAGCCCAGCCCGGCCGCAGGCGGCAGCAGCAACGCAGAGCGCUGGCCCCAAGGCGGCCCCUCUUGCUGGGCCGCGAGCGGCGCCUGGGUAAGGUCAGGGCGGCGGUAGCGGAAGCUUCUGCCGAUUCAAUGUCCCGGAACAAGCGGCGCCGCCUCCCGCUCGCUGCCACCUGCCGCCGCGCCCAGCGACCGGCCCCCGCCCGGGCACCAUGACACCCGCCGCCCCUGCCACCGGCCGCAGUUGACACCGCGACGGGACCUGCCUGGGGGCGGCGGCCGGGCCCCCGCAAAUCCCCGCUCUGGAGCUUCCUAUAUGGGCCACCUGCUCUCGAGGGAGGGAACCAGCCUAAGCCGGGAGAGGAGUCGCCGCCGCCGCGGGAGCAAGGUGCCGCCGCGGAGCCGGAGCUGCUUCCUGCGCGGGCCCUGCAUGCUCUGCUUCAUCGUGCACGGCGCCAGCCCGCCCGCCCCGGAGCAGCCCCUGCCCGGCCGGGACUCGCCGCCUCUCUGCGCGGCCCUGAGUUCCCCGGAGCAGCGCGCCGCCCGCCGCCUCCUGCACCUCUCGCCCGCCGCCUGGGAGCAGCGGGGCCCGUGCCAGCGCCUGCUCCUCUCGGGGCUGUUGCCUCCGCCCGUGCGGGCUUUCCUGGGCUCGGCGCGGCCGCCCGGCGAGCCGGCCCCCGACAUGGUGUGUAAGCGCAAAGGGGCCGGCCUGCCCGCCUGCCCCCCCUGCAAGCAGCCCCGCUGCGGCGCCACCGCCCCGCCGGAGCCAGAGGCCGCCGUUUGCCAGUGCCCGAGCGAGCAACAGCUCUCUCCCCUGCCCUGCGCCUCAGACCGCGCUGCUGGCGGCGGGGCGCCACUGCCCAGGGGCUCCGCCGGGGAAAGUGGCGGCAGGGGGGAGCUGGCCGCUGAGCUGCCGCCGCAGGAGGAGGAGGAGGAAAGCAACGAGCCGGACCGCCAGGAGCCGCUGGAGAACCCCAGCGAGUGCUGCCGAGAGUCUCUGCAGCCGCCGACCCCUGACAUCAAUCAGCUGCCGCCCUCCAUCCUUCUCAAGAUAUUUUCCAAUUUAUCCUUGAAUGAGCGCUGCCUUUCAGCAUCAUUAGUUUGUAAAUACUGGCGUGACCUUUGUUUAGACUUCCAGUUCUGGAAGCAGUUGGAUCUCAGUAAUCGUCAGCAGGUCACUGAUGAAUUACUGGAAAAAAUUGCAUCAAGAAGCCAGAACAUAUCUGAAAUCAAUAUUUCUGAUUGUCGCAAUGUGUCAGAUACAGGAGUGUGUGUGCUAGCAUUUAAAUGUCCUGGACUUCUAAGGUAUACUGCCUACAGAUGUAAACAACUUUCAGACACAUCUAUCAUUGCAGUUGCCUCCCAGUGUCCUCUACUUCAGAAAGUACAUGUAGGCAAUCAAGACAGGCUCACUGAUGAAGGACUCAAACAGCUGGGCUCAAAGUGCAGAGAACUGAAAGACAUUCAUUUUGGCCAGUGUUACAAGAUCUCCGAUGAAGGAAUGAUCAUUAUAGCUAAAGGAUGUCUGAAGUUGCAAAGAAUAUACAUGCAGGAAAACAAAUUAGUGACAGAUCACUCGGUAAAAGCAUUUGCUGAACACUGUCCUGAGCUGCAGUAUGUUGGGUUUAUGGGCUGCUCUGUUACAUCUAAAGGAGUCAUUCACCUCACCAAUCUACGAAACCUUUCCAGCCUGGAUCUACGUCAUAUCACAGAACUGGAUAAUGAAACUGUGAUGGAAAUAGUGAAGAGAUGUAAAAACCUUAGUUCCCUCAAUCUCUGUCUGAACUGGAUCAUUAAUGACAGAUGUGUGGAGGUCAUUGCUAAAGAAGGACAGAACCUGAAAGAGCUGUAUUUGGUAUCCUGUAAGAUUACCGACUAUGCCCUGAUAGCCAUUGGACGAUACAGCAUGACAAUAGAGACAGUGGAUGUUGGAUGGUGUAAAGAAAUUACAGAUCAGGGAGCCACCCAAAUUGCACAAAGCAGCAAGUCUCUCAGAUAUUUAGGGCUGAUGAGAUGCGAUAAGGUGAAUGAAGCAACAGUGGAACAGCUAGUGCAGCAAUAUCCAUACAUAACCUUCAGUACUGUACUGCAAGAUUGCAAGAGGACCUUGGAACGGGCUUAUCAAAUGGGCUGGACACCCAGUAUGUCUUCUGCUUCAUAACGACCUAUGUGAUACUACAAUUCGACUAAUGCAUUCAGCAGGUCUAAUGGGGACUGCAGAUUUUGGUUGUACAAUGUUGCAGGAAUAUUUUAAACCUUUUCAUGUUUUUAAAUGUCAUUUUGCUUUCUGUGAAAUAUAUGUUCAAGAGUCCAUCGUUCUAAAAGAGGUUUUUAUUUUAUUUUUAAGUUUUAAAUUAAUGCUUUUUAAAGCAGUGAACAUUUUAUGUCUGGUGGCACCUCCUGGAAUUUUGGAACACAAACUGGACUCUCUAAUUCAAGUUAGACUCAUGUAACUGUUCUGAAUGUUAAUUGUCAUCCUAAAAAUCUGCAAAUCCCCAAAGACAUUGAAGAGGGCUCACAACCUUUCAUGAUGCAAUAUAAUUGUGAGUUUACACAAGUUACAGUAAAAUGGAGUUGACUAUACACUGACUUUGAUGUACUGUAAAACUAUGUACGAAUGUUGAAAACAAAUCUUAAGAAAUGCAUUGUAUCCUUUUUGUACGCAUAAACACAAUGUAAAAGCCUUUGGCAGAUUUCCUGAAGUGGAUUCCUUCUAGUUCUGUGGAUGGCUUGAGUUAUAUUAGAUGUUAAGCCUAUUUUCUUUUGUUCUAUUCCCUUUGCCUCAGUCAUGCGUGUUUCCUUUGGUUUGUAAGUGAUAACUCAAUGCUAGUACCAGUGUAACUGAUCGGUAUAGGCCUCUGCUGAAACUGGGAGCUAAUCUUAAUCCAUAUUAUUAUCUAGACUGACACCACCCAUGUAUUUUAGGAUGCACAGUAAUAUAAGAAUCCACAAAUAAUUGUGAUUUUCUUCUAAACAUUUUGCUAAUUACAAAAAUCAUUAUUUUGAAAUUCAUUUUUGAAUGGAAAGCUUAAUAAAUGAUGGUAACUAUUGAAUGGUUAUUCACGUAGACAAUCUUACUUGUUUUAUGUUGUAGAACAGCAGACGUGAUUUUUCCUUAAAUAGUCAUGUAGGAGAUGUUGUAUAGAUUUCUCAAUUUUUGCACCUUGCCAUUUUUGUAAUAGGUGAGCUAACAGCGCUUUAAUUUACCACAGAUAACCAGUUCCCACCUUGUGAGGUCAAAUGCUGCAUAGAAGACACCCGCUGUGGGAAAUAAGUUAUAAGGCCAUGUUUAUAUAGCUUAAAAUAAUGUUGUUGUUUUUUCUUUGUUUUUUGUAAUUAAACUUUCUGAAUGAACCAGUUUUCUUUCACAACGCUGUCAUGUUACCGAAUUCUGAAAUUUCAAGUAAAAAGGAAAGUUCAAUUAAUAAAAGCCACACCGCUGAUUUUCCCCAAUGUAGUGUGUGGUUGCUAAUGUGGGUUCCACUCCUGCAAAGCAAGAGCGUGGCAUAGCUGACUUCAGUGGGACUCCAUGUGGGCAUAAGGGUCCAACCACAUGCAUCCCUUUGCAAGAUCAGGGCCUUACUCUAGAAGAGAAUAAUUGCUCUGGAAGAAAAAUUAUUCUGGCAUCCUCUAAAUCGUGUAUUUUAAGCCUUGUACUCUCUGCUUUUCAUAUUUGUUCCCAAGCUACUGAAGACUACUUUGGUUGGCAAUUGUGUACCCUGUUUUUUAAUCCAAAACUGAUUUAUAAGAUAAUAUAUGCAGAAAAUAGUUGAAGUGAAUACAUAAAAAGUUUAAUUUUCUAUAUGUGUUGCAAGAGUUAAAUUUGACAAGUGUUGAUAAGCAGCCAUUGAACAUACAGAUGUUGCAGCUUUGGUUUGAAGUUGCAUUAACCUUUAGACUGUUGCAAUUUGGUGAAAGGAUGAUUUUUUGAGGUGUAUAACACUGCGUAUUUGCUUUUUAAAGGUUAUACUCUUUUAAUCCAAAAUAUCAAAUGCUCAAAUUUCAGCUGACAAAUUGCCAUUAUUGUCCAAGUGUUUUGCUAAUCCAGAAGAACUGAUGCAGCAUAACCUGGAGAACAGUUUUAGUAUGUCCGUGCAAUUCUGCCAAAACUGUAUUCCAGUCCCAUAGCAUUAAUUCUUGACAAUUACAGAAAGCAUCAACUCAAAGUCCAGUGACAGUUGUUAAAUGUUUUCUUAUUAGACACUUCAAAAUGAAGCUGAAAACAUUUAUCUGGAAAAAAUAUUAAGUAGAGUUUUACUUGGAAUGUCAUAAAUACAUGUGAACACGUAUUAUGCUGGACUUUUCAUCUACUCCAAAAUGGCAACAGUAUUUUCAGAAUAAAGACAGUGAAUAAUAUUGCAGAUAUAGUGGAGAACUCAAGUCAUUUCUCUUUAAUGUCUUUUUAUGAGUGCAACAAGACAAUUCACACAAUUUGUAAGUUUCUAUUUUUCCGUGAAAGUUUUGACUUUGAGAUUGGUUGCAAUAAAAGAGAGAAGCAAAA